UUCAACGAUAUUUGCGGAGUGUUCUCGGAUGCGAGUGGCGAAUACGAGGAGCCACAACCUGUUGUGGUGUCAAGAAAUACACAAGAAGACCGUAACCCGUUUGGAUCAACAUUCUGUUAUGGAACUGAUCAGAUUGUUGUUGAGGUUAUGGAUAAUGGGCACAUUGCUGCAGUGACUCUGUUUGAGUAA